AUGGACGAUGAGAUGGGGUUAACUUGUAACAAAGAGCCUCCGGAUAAAGGGUUUUACUAUGAUAAUGACAUUACUUAUCAUAUUGAGCUUGAUUCUCAAGACUUGGAAUCUGACCUAGGAACAUAUUCUCACGUCGAUAUAGUCAAUAACCCCAACCACAUAG